CCCGGCAAACGUUGUUUUGCCAUAUUAAUUAUUUCUAGUAAUUGCUAUUGUGGACAGAAAAUAUAUAAGUUGUUACAGCGAAACUCAGAACGGAGAUCGUCUACCUGUUCUAUUUUUAAAACGGACAGUUGCACUUGAGGUGGUUGAAGGGAGGGUUGUACCCUUAAGCCGGAUGUCGACUCAUAAACGUCCCAUCACUCCCAAGGUUCUGUUAUUUGUUAGUCUUCAACUGAAGAGUGUACAGUGAGGUUAUAAGAGUUUGUAAUAAAAUGGAUCGUUUCUGUGGGUUUUGUGGCGCAAGACGCCAAGUGCAAUUUGAUUGUGCAUUGGAUAGUUGCAGCAAAUGCAAAACAAUGCCUUUUAUCCAAGCACAUGAAGCAACAAAAACGACAGUAUUAAGAUGCUCGGUUUGCACUACAUAUAUUUGCGCCCUAACUCGGUAUUGCGAAAUUUGUGGCCACACAGUGGAAAGGAGCCGAUCAGUGAGAGUGCAAAGAGCCGCGACACUUGCAGCGAAUAUUGAUAGCAAGAGAAGGGAAGCCAUCCAAAAGCGGAAACAACGCAAGGUAGACGUAGACGGUGAUGAAGUUUGCGUUCAUCAGUUUUCACCUUUGGCCACUUCUUCGCCGACAUUGUCGACAUCUGUCUCCUUUUCGUUGCACGACGACGACGACCUUGACAUUGUGAUGGCGCAACUGCCCUUGCCCGACGACGCUCCUACGGACUCCCCAGCAGCCCCAGCUACGGAUUCCGUAGCCACGGACUCCGCUCCUACGGAUUCCCCAGCCACGGACUCCGCUCCUACGGUCUCCGCAGCGGAUUCCGCAGCCACGGGCUCCGCUCCUACGGACUCCGCUCGUAUGGAAUAG